GAUCUGUAAAGGAAAAGGCGGGCCGGGGAAGAAGGGCGGUAGCUUCAUUCUCGCUCCGGAUUCUGGGAUGUUUCCUAUCGGACAUGCAGGGGAUGACGUCAGCCAUAGGUAUGCUUUUUCAUUCCUGCCACGUGUAGUGUGUGCGCGCGUGCCAGAAUCGGUAUAGAAUGGAUCGAUCUAAACUGAUCAACUUCAACCCCGGAUCCCUAAAUAAGCUGAUACCUCCGGUGUGAACGUACAUGACCACCAGAAUCUGAUAAGGGUGUAUAGAAGAACCAAGGGCUGAGAUGUCUCUCAAGAGGUCUCCAAGUUCCUCGCUCGAUCGUCACCGUCCGUUGCCGAUCCAGACGGAUGUGAACAGUGGACAGCUCAUCGAUGAGGAUAGGCCAUUGGUGGAUGAAGGUUCCAAAUCCGUGACCGUUAGGCAGUACGUACGAUCGAAGAUGCCCCGCCUUCGGUGGACUCCAGAUCUUCACCAUUGCUUUGUUCAUGCUGUGGAAAGGCUAGGUGGCCAAGAUAGAGCCACGCCAAAGCUGGUGUUACAAGUAAUGGACGUGAAAGGACUGACUAUAGCCCACAUAAAGAGCCAUCUUCAGAUGUAUCGCAGCAUGAAGCAGGAUAAAGUGGUGCAAGAAGGAAUUGUUUCAAAGAGGAAUAAUGAAAUGAACGGCUCAUCUUCAGAUUACUUCUCAUAUUCCCUCCCAACCCAUCAGCAACAAUUUCACGAAGAAAGGAGAUUUUUAAAAGACAACAGCUGCAACUUCUUUCAAGCCAUCAGAUUCAAACGCACUCAGGUUCCAUCAGAAGGCCACAAGAAACAAAGACAAUAUAAGGAACAUGUUAUUUAUGGGGAAGAAGCAACACUAGAAGAAGAGGCUUCACAUGGAGAAAUUGUCCAAGGAUGCAUGAGGAAACCCACAUCUUAUAUCAUCUUCAAGGGGCUUCUAAAUAAUAACUCCAACCCAGAGACUGCUGAAGAACCCAAUAAUCCUCAAAUGGAUGAACACCCAAAUCGAGAAGUACAUUCAAACCACUUGCUUUCUAGAUUGGAGGACACAUCAGAGUGUGUAAAUGGAGCCAUUGAUAGCACGUUAUCCCUAUCUUUGGUGUCGAAAGAUCCAACGGAGACAAGAUUGAGAGAGGCCCACCACAAUCGAUCAUUGAAUAAUCAAAGAGUUAGUAGUGUGCUUGAAAACGUGAAGAAUGUGUCUCUUGGGCUGACUUUAGAUUUGAAAAUGUCAUAUUCUUUACGUUAGUGUUUAUGCAACAAUCUUCAAGUUAAAUCUACUUUUAACAUCUCAAGAAUA